AAAAAAAAACCCUCACCUUCCAAAAAACCCUAUAAUUAAUUAAUUUAUCAAUCAUUAAAUCUGAUCCGAUUUUAAUUUUACGAUCAUCGAUCGGGUUUUGUGUGUGACAAAUGCUAAUUUUUGAUUGAUUUCAAUAUGAAGUUGCGUAGACGGAGAGUAUCAGAAGUGCCUCCAAAAAUCAAGUCUUUCAUCAAUGGGGUAAUAGCUACUCCGCUUGAAAAUAUUGAAGAGCCCUUGAAAGGCUUCUUUUGGGACUUUGACAAGGGAGACUUUCAUCACUGGCUUGAGCUAUUUAACUACUUCGAUACCUUCUUUGAGAAAUACAUAAAACCCAGGAAAGAUUUGCAAGUUGAGGAUGAUUUCCUGGCGUCUGACCCUCCUUUCCCAAGGGAGGCUGUCCUGCAGAUUUUACGUGUUGUACGAAUUAUUUUGGACAAUUGCACAAAUAAGCACUUCUAUAGCUCCUAUGAGAAUCACCUUUCCUCCCUGCUGGUUUCCACGGAUGCAGAUGUAGUGGAAGCCUGUCUGCAAACUUUGUCAGCUUUCUUAAAGAAGUCAAUUGGUAAACAUGUUAUAAGAAAUGUAUCUCUAAACUCAAAGCUAUUUGCUUUUGCCCAAGGCUGGGGUGGAAAAGAUGAGGGGCUUGGAUUGGUUGCAUGUGCCCUAGAGAAUGUAUCUGACCCAGUAGCUCAGGAGUUGGGUAGCACCCUCCAUUUUGAGUUCUAUGAAAUGAAUGACACGUUAAAGGAAGAGGGUUCAACUCAAGGCUUACAAAUAAUCCAUUUGCCUAAAAUCAAUACCCACGAACAGUCUGAUCUUGAGCUUCUGCACAAGUUAGUUGAAGAGUAUAAAGUACCAUGUAGUUUAAGAUUCUCACUUUUGACAAGAUUACGUUUUGCAAGAGCUUUUAGCUCUUUUUCUGCUCGACAACAGUACACUUGUAUUCGCUUGCAUGCGUUCAUAGUUCUUGUACAAGCAUGCGGUGACACUGAUGAUCUGGUUACCUUUUUAAACACGGAGCCUGAGUUCAUCAAUGAAUUGGUCACAUUGUUGAGCUAUGAAGAUGCAGUCCCUGAAAAAAUUCGGAUAUUAAGUCUGUUUUCAUUGGUGGCUCUUAGUCAAGACCGCCCCCGCCAGCCAAUGGUACUGUCCGCUGUAACAUCCGGUGGGCAUCGUGGCAUACUAUCAAGCCUCAUGCAAAAGGCCAUUGAUGCCGUAGUCAGUAAAUCAUCUAAAUGGUCUGUUCUGUUUGCCGAGGCUCUACUCUCUUUGGUGACUGUUUUAGUUUCGUCCUCCUCUGGCUGUUCUGCCAUGCGUGAGGCAGGGUUUAUACCUACCCUUUUGCCUCUUCUUAAAAAUACGGAUUCUCAGCAUUUGCAUCUGGUUAGCACUGCCGUGCAUGUUUUAGAAACGUUUAUGGAUUAUAGUAACCCAGCCGCUGCUUUGUUCCGAGACCUGGGAGGAUUAGAUGAUACAAUAUCUCGAUUGAAGAUAGAAGUUUCUCAUGUUGAGAAUGGCAACCCCGUUCAGAUGGAGAGUUCUGAAUGCAGUGGCACUUCUGCUGAGUUGGAUAAUAUGCAACCUCUAUAUUCUGAAGCUUUAGUAUCAUAUCACCGGAGAUCAUUAAUGAAAGCUUUACUGCGGGCCAUCUCACUAGGAACAUAUGCUCCAGGAACCACUGCUCGUGUUUAUGGCUCUGAAGAAAGUUUAUUGCCACAAUGCUUACAUGUUAUUUUCAAAAAAGCAAAAGAUUUUGGUGGUGGGAUGUUUUCACUCGCAGCAAUUGUUAUGAGUGAUCUCAUUCAUAAAGAUCCUACAUGUUAUUCAAUAUUAGAAGAAGCUAAUCUUCCAUCUGCAUUUUUAGAUGCUAUAAUGGAAGGGGUGAUUUGCUCUGCUGAAGCAAUAACGUGCAUACCUCAAUGUUUGGAUGCUCUGUGUCUCAGUAACAGUGGGCUUCAGGCAGUGAAAGAUCGUAAUGCUUUGAGGUGCUUUGUGAAAAUAUUUACAUCACGUAGUUACCUACGUGCCCUUAUGGGUGAUACUCCAAGUUCAUUGUCAAGUGGCCUUGAUGAACUAAUGAGGCAUGCUGCUUCCCUUCGUGGGCAUGGGGUGGAUACGCUAAUUGAGAUUUUGAAAGGCAUUGAAAAGUUUGGGUGUGGACCUGAAGUUAGUUCUUCAACUGUUGAUGUUCCGAGCUCUUCUUCAAGUCCAAUGGAAACUGAUGCUGAUGAUAAAUCAGUGGAAAUCAGCAAGACUGAACCAUCUUCCGAGACAUCUUCGUUGAAUAUUGAAAGUUUUCUACCUGAUUGCGUGAACAAUGCUGCUCGUCUACUUGAAACGAUUCUUCAAAAUUCUGACACGUGUCGCAUAUUUGUUGAGAAAAAGGGGAUCGAAGCGGUGCUACAGUUGUUUACCUUACCUUUGAUGCCUCCCUCUAUUUCUGUUGGACAAAGUAUAUCAAUUGCAUUCAAGAACUUCUCUCCACAUCAUUCUGCAUCUCUUGCUCGAGCAUUAUCCCUUUUCUUGAAAGAGCAUUUGAAAGUGACAAAUGAGCUACUUGCUUCUCUUGGAGGUAUGCAGCUUGCACAGCUGGAAGAGUCCAAAAGAGCAAAGGUUUUAAGGUGCCUUUCUAGUCUUGAAGGUAUUCUGUGUCUUUCGAAUUCUCUGUCAAAAGGCACUACAAAUCUUGUUUCUGAACUUGGAACUUCUGAUGCGGACGUGUUGAGGGAUCUUGGAGUUGCUUAUAGGGAAAUACUCUGGCAAGUUUCUGUGGGACGCGAUUCUAAAAUGGAUGAAAAACCGAUAAAUGAAACAGAGGCUGAAAAUGUUAAUGCUGAUGCUGCUAUUGCUGCAAGUGAUGAUGAUGCAAGCAUGCCAGCAGUUAGAUAUAUGAAUCCGGUUUCUGUUCGGAAUAGUUCACAUCCGCACUGGGGCCUAGAGCGUGACUUUGUUUCAGUGGUUCGAUCUGGUGAAGGGUUCAGUCGACGCAGCCGACACGGGCUAGCCCGUAUCAGAGGAGGAAGGACAAGCAGGCAUCUUGAAUCCUUGCAUAUUGAUCCAGAAACUUCCAUGAGUAACACUGAGACGAGUACCUCACAAGAUCAUAAGAAAAAAAGCCCCGAGGUCAUUGUUAUGGAAAAUCUGAACAAACUUGCUUCUACCGUUCGUUCUUUUUUAACAACACUAGUAAAAGGAUUUCCGUCAUCUAACCGCCGAAGAGCUGAAACUGGGUCACUAAGUACAGCUUCAAAGAACAUUGGAACUGCAUUAUCAAAGAUCUUUCUUGAAGCCCUCAGUUUCCCUGGGUAUACUGGGGGUUCGGGCAUGGAUAUGCUGUUGUCCGUGAAGUGUCAUUAUCUUGGCAAAGUUGUGGAUCAUAUGGCAGCGCUAACAUUUGAUAGUAGGCGGCGAAUCUGCCAUACAGUAAUGAUAAAUAACUUUUAUGUCCAGGGGACCUUCAAGGAGCUACUGAACACUUUUGAAGCUACAAGUCAGUUGCUAUGGACAUUGCCUUAUUCUGCUUCAACCUCCGGUGGUGAUCAUGAAAAGGGUGAAGCAAGCAAAUUGUCUCACAGUUCGUGGUUGCUUGACACAUUGCAGAGUUACUGUCGUCUUCUAGAGUUUUUUAUUAACUCUACCUUUCUUUUGCCUCCAACAUCGACAUCUCAAGCCCAGCUGCUUGUACAACCCGUGGCUGUUGGUUUAUCAAUUGGGUUAUUUCCAGUUCCACGAGAUCCUGAAGUGUUUGUUCGUAUGCUGCAAUCCCAGGUUCUGGACGUCAUCCUACCCAUCUGGAAUCAUCCAAUGUUCCCAAGCUGUAAUCCAGGGUUCAUUACUACAAUUGUAACACUUGUCACUCAUAUUUACUGCGGUGUUGGUGAUGCAAAAAGAAGUCGCAGUGGUGGGUCUGGUGGUGCUAACCAGCGUUUCAUCCCACCUCCACCGGAUGAAGCCACUAUUGCUACCAUUGUGGAGAUGGGAUUUACCAGGGCAAGAGCAGAAGAAGCAUUAAGACGUGUUGAAACUAAUAGUGUCGAGAUGGCCAUGGAAUGGUUGUUCACUCACGCCGAUGAUCCAGUGCAGGAGGAUGAUGAGCUGGCAAGAGCACUUGCUUUAUCUUUAGGGAACUCAUCAGAGACUCCUAAAGUGGAUAACAAUGCAGAAAAGUCAACUGAUGUCGAAACAGAAGUGGCGGAAGUGAGGACACCAAUGCCGCCUAUUGAUGACAUUCUCGCAGCUACUAUGAAGCUAUUUCAAAGUAGUGAUUUAAUGGCUUUUCCCUUGACGGAUUUGCUUGUUACUUUCUGCAGCAGGAAUAAAGGGGAAGAUCGUCUUAGAGUGAUUUCAUUUCUUAUUCAACAGUUAAAACUUUGCCCACUGGAGGCUUCAAAGGAGACAAGUACACUUUGUAUGGUAUCACACACAUUGGCAUUGCUUCUCGCGGAAGAUGUUAUUGCCAGAGAAAUUGCUGUAAAAAAUGGCAUCGUCUCGGUAUCAAUUGACAUCUUAAUAAAGUUUAUAGCAGGAAUCAAGUCACAAAAUGAACUUUUGGUACCAAAGUGCAUCAGUGCUCUGCUUCUCAUCUUAGAUAAUUUGUUGCAGUCCAGACCCAAAAUUUCUUCUGACAGCAAAGAAGGAACACAAACAGAAUCUUUACCUGAAGCAAAACAAGGAGAUGAAGGUAUUGAACAGAAACCUACUCCAGAUAGUGUGGAUAACGAAGCAGGGAGUGCGUUUGAAAAGAUAUUUGGGAAAUCUACUGGUUGUCUCACCGUUGAAGAGGGUAGUAGGGUACUCAGCGUUGCAUGUGAUCUGAUUAAACGGCAUGUCCCUGCAAUGGUUAUGCAAGCAGUUCUGCUAUUGUGUGCUCGUUUGACGAAAACACACACUCUGGCAUUACAGUUUCUUGAAAAUGGGGGUCUGAUUGAUCUUUUCAGUAUACCUAAGACUUGCUUCUUCCCUGGAUAUGACACAGUAGCUUCUGCUAUCAUACGGCAUCUUAUUGAAGAUCCUCAAACGCUGCAAACAGCAAUGGAGUUGGAAGUACGUCAGGCUUUAAGUGGCAGCCGGCAUGCUGGCCGUGUCCCUCCACGAGCAUUCUUGACAUCUAUGGCACCCCUUAUUUCCCGAGAUCCCGAAGUUUUCAUGAAAGCGGCAGCAGGUGUAUGUCAUGUAGAAACAACAGGUGGCAGGACGGUGGUUGUAUUAUCCAAAGAAAAGGAAAAGGAUAAAUCAAAAGCACCUGGCGUUGAAAUUGGGACAUCUGCCGAUCGUAUACCAGAAAGUAGAUCUCAAGAGGGACCAAUGAAGUGUGGCAAAUCUCAGAAGAAGAUUCCUGCUAACCUCACACAGGUGGUUGAUCAUCUGCUUGAAAUUGUGAUGAAAUAUCCUUCUUUGAAUCCUGAGGAAGAUUGCACGAAAUCUGCUAUGGAUGUAGAUGAUUCUGCUUCCAACAAGGGUAAAAUGAAGGUUGACGAGACCAGAGAAGAAUUGGAUAGUCUUUCAGAGAAAUCAGCAGGUUUAGUUAAGGUGACUUUCGUCCUCAAGUUGCUGAGUGAUAUUCUUCUGAUGUAUGUACAUGCAGUUGGAAUAAUAUUAAAACGUGAUCUGGAGAUGCACGGGGGAAUGGUACAUCAUGUCAUGCAUCGACUUUUACACCCUUCUGUAGAUAAAGCGGCUGGAUCUGAUGAAUGGAGAGGGAAAUUAUCUGAAAAGGCUUCGUGGUUUUUGGUGGUUUUGUGUGGCCGGUCAAGUGAAGGUCGUAGGCGUGUGAUAAAUGUACUUGUUAAAGCUUUGUCUUCAUUUGCCACUGCAGCUAGCAAUUCAUCUAUAAACAGUUUAUUGCCUGAUAAAAGGGUUGUUGCAUUUGUUGAUUUGGUUUAUUCAAUUUUGUCAAAAAAUUCAUCAUCAAGUAAUGUACCUGGAUCUGGAUGUUCUCCGGAUAUAGCUAGAGGAAUGAUUGAUGGGGGAAUGAUUCCAUGUCUAUCUAGCAUUCUUCAGGUACUGGAUCUUGAUCACCCUGAUGCUCCAAAAGUUGUAAAUAUCAUUCUUAAAGCUUUAGAAGGCUUAACACGGGCUGCCAAUGCGGUAGAGCAGCUUGCAUUAUCUGAUUUGGCCAAUAAGAAAAAGUCUGUUAGUUUGGAUACCAGAUCUGAUAAUCAGGCAGUUGAUACUUCUGUCAAUCAUAUUCCAGAGGGUAAUCACGAUGAUAGUCAACAUGAGAUUACAGGCGCUGAUGAAUCUGAGCAACGUCAUGAAGAAGCAACUCGGGGUGAAGGCAAUCACCAAUCAGAUUUAAACCAGGCUGCAGAGCAGGAGUUGAGGAUUGACAUGGAUGAGACUGAGAACGUUGGGUUCAUGCAUGAGGAGAUGGAAGAUGGUGGUGAUUUAAGGGAUUCUGAUCAAAUUGAGAUGACUUUUCAUGUUGAGAGUAGGACAGGUGAUCAUACUGGUGAUGAAGAUGACGACAUGGGUGAUGAUGGCGAGGAUGAGGAGGAUGAUGAUGACGGGGAUGAUGAGGAUGAGGAUAUAGCCGAGGAUGGUACUGCUCUUAUGUCAUUAGCUGAUACAGAUGUUGAAGACCAUGAUGAAACCGGUUUGGGAGAUGAAUACAAUGAUGACAUGGUUGAUGAAGAGGAUGAUGAUUACCAUGAAAACCGUGUUAUUGAGGUAAGAUGGAGAGAAGCCCUUGAUGGAGUACUUGGUCAGCCAGGAGCAGAAAGUGGACUUAUCGACAUUGCUGCAGAGCCCUUUGAAGGUGUUAAUGUUGAUGACCUUUUUGGCCUUCGUAGACCUCUGGGCUUUGAUCGACGUCGUCAGCAGAGUAGAACCUCGUUUGAGAGAUCGGGUACAGAGGGGAAUAAUGGUCUGCAACAUCCUCUUCUAUCGAGACCAACACAGUCUGGUGAAUUGGGUUCAUUGUGGUCAACGGGUGGUAACUCAUCUCGUGAUGUGGACUCAUUGUCUGGUGGGAGCUUUGAUGUUGCCCACUUCUAUAUGUUUGAUGCUCCUGUUCUUCCAUUUGAUCAUGUACAAUCUACUGUAUUUGGUGACAGAGUUGGUGGAGGUGCUGCACCACCCCCACUCGCUGAUUUUUCUGUUGGUUUGGAGUCUUUGCGUGGACCUGCACGAAGAGGUCCAGGUGAUGGUCGGUGGACUGAUGAUGGUCAACCACAAGCAGGUGGUCAGGCUGCUGCUAUUGCACAGGCUGUAGAAGAGCAGUUCAUGUCUCAGCUACGCAGUAUUGCUCCUCCUCCCAGUUCUAUCGAUAUACCUUCCCAUAAUUCUGGAUUGGCCAAUGAUAAUCAGGUUGCAACAGCAGAGGGCACGGAUAGUGAUGUUCUGCGGACUGAAGGUCAACAUGAAGAGAAUGAUCAAAAUGUUAAUCAACUAGUUGAACUAGUGGAGCAAUCGGGAGGAGAAGCAGGUGAACCCAGCUCAGAUGAAAACAAUGCACCAGAUAGUCACGCUGAUAUGGAAAUAGGCGAAGGAAAUGGAAAUGUGAAUGAGCAACAGGAAUUCUCAGCAACCGAUGAUGUGGCAAGCAACCAUCCGCCGGUGACCACAGGUGAUAAUGUGCCCAGUUCUGGUGAUCAAGUUGAUGUUGAGAUGAACAUUGUUGGUACUGAAGGAGACCCAUUGCCUUCAGUGGGUGUCAUAGAGGAAUCAUUAUCUGAACAGGACACUCGUGUUGGCCACGAUGAAGGCCAAACUGGUCAAUCCGAUGAAACUGGUGCAACUAAUGCAGACUCCGGUGCAAAUGGAAUAGAUCCUACCUUUUUGGAGGCACUACCUGCAGAUCUAAGAGCAGAAGUCCUGGCUUCACAACAAGCUCAAUCUACCCCAGCUCCAGUCCCUGCUCCUGCUUCUGCUUCUGCCACAGCUGAAGAAAUUGAUCCAGAAUUUUUAGCCGCGCUUCCUCCAGAUAUCCAAGCAGAAGUGUUAGCCCAACAACGUGCACAGAGGGUUGCACAUCAAGCUGAAGGGCAACCUGUAGAUAUGGAUAAUGCUUCAAUUAUAGCUACUUUCCCUGCUGAUUUGCGUGAAGAGGUGCUAUUGACGUCUUCAGAGGCAGUUCUUUCAGCCUUGCCAUCCCCAUUACUUGCUGAAGCACAAAUGCUCAGGGACAGAGCCAUGAGCCACUAUCAGGCUCGCAGCUUGUUUGGAAAUAGCCAUAGACUCAAUAGUCGGAGGAAUGGGUUGGGGUUUGAUAGGCAAACCGUAAUUGAUAGGGGUGUUGGUGUUACUAUAGGAAGGAGGUCGUCUUCUGCUCUUAUAGAAAGCUUGAAAGUGAAGGAAGUUGAGGGGGAGCCGCUUUUGGAUCCUGAUGCUUUAAAAGCAUUAAUCAGGCUUUUACGACUAGCGCAGCCCCUUGGGAAAGGUCUUCUGCAAAGACUUUUUUUGAAUUUAAGCGCCCAUAGUUGUACAAGGGCAGUUCUCGUUUUCUUGCUACUGGACAUGAUCAAGAUGGAGACUGGAGACCAUGUUGGUGGAUUAACAACGUUAAAUUCUCAGAGGCUCUAUGGUUGUCAGUCAAAUGUUGUUUAUGGCCGAUCACAGCUGUUGGAUGGUCUCCCACCACUUGUACUUCGCCGGGUCCUUGAAAUUUUGACAUAUUUAGCUACAAAUCAUUCUUCUGUCGCUAAUUUGUUGUUCUACUUUGAUUCUUCACUUAUUCCUGAGACCUUGAAUCUCAAAUUUCUUGAUAAGAAGAAUGCUAAGGGAAAAGAAAAGGUUGUUGAAGGAGGAGAAAUCUCUCAAACGGUUGGAUCGGAGGAUGAUAUCCCCUUAUUAUUAUUUGUAAAGCUUUUGAAUCAGCCGCUUUUUCUUCGCAGUAUUCCCCAUCUAGAACAGGUUAUGGGUCUACUUCAAGUGGUUAUAUACACUGCUGCUUCAAAGUUAGAUUCCCAAACCCCUACUGAACAAGCAGUUACCAGUUCACAAGAUCCACCUGCCAAUGAGCCGUCUUCUGAUCCUCAUGGAGAUUCUUCCUCGGUCGGAGCAGAGCCAGCAGAACCAAGUCAUGACGAUAAAAAUGUUACUGAUGGAUUAUCCUUGACAAAUGACCAGAAGAAUGGCAACAUUAAUGACAUUUUCAUGAAGUUGCCGCAAACUGAUUUACAUAAUCUAUGCAGCCUUCUUGGCCACGAGGGGCUAUCUGAUAAAGUUUACUUGCUAACUGGGGAAGUUCUGAAGAAGUUGGCUUGUGUUGCUCCAUCACAUAGAAAGUUCUUUAUUGUAGAGCUUUCGGAUCUAGCUCAUAGUUUGAGUGGGUCAGCUGUUCGGGAACUCAUUACAUUAAGAGACACACACAUGCUGGGUUUGAGUGCGGGUUCCAUGGCUGGGGCUGCUGUUUUAAGAAUCCUGCAAACACUUAGCUCACUUACCAUGCCUGACAUUGAGAGUGGUAUUGGUGUGAAAAUUGACGACAAUCAAGAGCAUGUUACAAUGUGGAAACUAAAUCUCUCGCUUGAGCCAUUAUGGCAAGAGUUAAGUGAGUGUAUAAGUGUCACCGAGUCACAACUGUCACAGGGUUCGUUUUCUCCUGUUAUGUCAAAUACCAAUACAGGUGAGCAUGUACAAGGUGUGGGUGCUUCGUCUCUAUCUCCUUCACUACCCCCAGGAACUCAGAGACUUUUACCCUUCAUUGAGGCCUUCUUAGUCUUGUGUGAAAAGCUUCAAGCAAACACUUCUCUUCUACAACAAGAUGAUGCCUAUGCAACAGCACGGGAAGUGAAGGAGUUUGUUGGAAACUCGUCACCGAGUGGAUCGGGAAUUGAUGGUGCUGUGACAUUUGCUAAGUUUGCGGAAAAACAUCGGCGGCUUUUGAAUGCUUUUGUCAGACAAAAUCCGGGCUUGUUGGAGAAGUCACUUUCUAUGAUGCUGAAAGCACCAAGGUUAAUUGAUUUUGACAACAAAAGGUCGUAUUUCCGUUCCAGAAUUAGGCAGCAACAUGAUCAACACUUAACGGGUCCAUUGCGGAUAAGUGUUCGGCGGGCAUAUGUUCUAGAAGAUUCCUACAAUCAGUUGCGCAUGCGGCCCACACAGGACUUAAAAGGGCGUUUAAAUGUGCAUUUUCAAGGUGAAGAAGGUAUUGAUGCAGGUGGUUUGACUAGAGAAUGGUAUCAACUGCUAUCGAGGGUGAUAUUUGAUAAAGGAGCUCUGCUUUUUACAACUGGAGGAAACAAUGCAACUUUCCAGCCAAACCCUAAUUCUGUCUAUCAGACUGAGCAUCUUUCUUACUUCAAAUUUGUGGGCCGUGUGGUUGCUAAAGCUCUAUUUGAUGGGCAACUCUUGGAUGUGUACUUUACACGAUCGUUCUAUAAACAUAUUCUUGGUGUGAAGGUGACAUAUCAUGAUAUAGAGGCUGUUGACCCUGAUUAUUACAAGAACUUGAAGUGGUUGCUGGAGAACGAUGUAAGUGACAUACUGGACCUGACAUUCAGUAUGGAUGCCGAUGAAGAAAAGCAUAUACUCUACGAGAAGACAGAGGUUACUGAUCAUGAGCUGAAACCGGGUGGACGGAACAUAAGGGUAACAGAAGAGACCAAGCACGAGUAUGUGGAUCUUGUUGCCGAACAUAUACUUACCAAUGCGAUUCGUCCCCAAAUCAAUUCCUUUUUGGAGGGUUUUAAUGAGUUAAUACCGCGUGACCUCAUUUCUAUUUUUAAUGAUAAAGAGCUUGAGCUACUGAUCAGUGGACUUCCAGAAAUUGAUUUGGACGAUUUGAAGGCCAACACUGAAUAUACAGGUUACACUGUAGGUUCUAGUGUAGUUCAGUGGUUUUGGGAGGUUGUCAAAGCAUUUAAUAAGGAAGAUAGGGCAAGAUUGCUUCAAUUUGUCACUGGUACAUCAAAGGUUCCACUGGAAGGUUUUAAAGCACUGCAGGGUAUAUCUGGUCCACAGAGAUUUCAGAUUCAUAAAGCUUAUGGAGCUCCAGAGAGACUUCCGUCGGCUCAUACUUGCUUCAACCAAUUAGAUCUUCCCGAAUACACAACAAAGGAACAGCUUCAGGAGCGGUUAUUACUUGCUAUCCAUGAAGCAAGUGAAGGUUUUGGGUUUGGCUAGUCAUUAUGUGCUGGAUUUUGUGGUGUUGGAAUCGCCCACAAGUGUUUCAGCGAUUGCUAUGUUAUGUAGAUAUAAAGAACGAAAAUUGAUUAUGCAUUGCGAUGCAAUUUGUAGAGCGGGAGUCCCUGUGAAGAAAGGAGUCAUGCAUGUACCAGAAGACGUCGGUGAUGAUGAUGCUAAAGCAAGUGCUUUUUGGCUGGUUCUAUUUGUAGCAUGAAAUGCGUUCUUUUGGGUUCCUUUCGCUUUCUGCUGACCAUAAUAAAAUGAUGAAACUUGAAAACAGAUAGGCUUCAUGUAAAUCAUAGUUCUUUUUGGUCCGUUAGUAGCUUUUGGUCCUAUUGGUUUUAUGAUUCAUGUUACCACGUACUCAGCUUUGUGAAA